AUGUUCCAAGCUGAAGUGUUGUUCCCACUAGGAAUAUUCCUUUUGUCUCUCCUAGUUCUCUUCGUAUAUUUCCAUCAACUCUGUUUUUUCGUCAUAUCAUUGUAUACAGCUCGAUAUUUGCUGCAUCCAAAAAGACCAACAACAUUGGUUGAAGCCCCUGGGGUUUCAGUUGUUAAACCUCUUAUGGGUGUGGAUGGCUGCCUUCGUGAAAAUCUGUUGAGCCACUUUACGAUGAACUAUCCACGGUUUGAGCUAUUGUUUUGUGUACAAAAUGAAAAUGAUCCGGUAAUUCAGUUAUUACAAUCAUUAUGUGAAGAAUACCCUCACGUGAAUGCCAGACUAUUUAUUGGAGGGAAAGAUGGCGUUGUCAAUCCUAUGGUCCAUAAUAUGGCUCCGGCGUAUGAAUCUGCAAACCAUGAUCUUGUUUGGGUCAGUACAAGUCGUGUAAAAGCCUCCACAGAAGUUAUCUGGGAUUUUGUUGACAAGGCUAGUGAUCCAUCAGUUGCUAUUGUUCAUCAAUUGCCAUUUUUCUCUGAUCAUCCCGGUUUUGUAGCUGCUAUAGAAAAGGUGACAUUUGGAUGUUACAUGGCUCGUAGUUAUAUGGCAUUAAAUCAGUUAGGUGUAACAUGUUUUACAGGUAUGUCAUAUGUUGUCAGAAAAUCAAUGUUGGAUGAAGUUGGUGGUCUUGCUUAUUUUGGAAAGUAUUUGGCUGAAGACUACUUCCUUAGCUCUGCAUUAUGUCAAAAGGGUUAUCGUAUUGUCAUAUCAUCAUAUCCGGUUAUGCAAAAUGUUAGUGAUAGUACACUAGUGAGCUAUAUUAGAAGAAUGGUCCGUUGGCUUCGACUCCGAUUGAAUAUGUUACCCUUGGUGUCAGGUGUAUUAGAACCUAUGAGUGAAUCAAUUACACUUGGUCUAUUGUUUUCACUAACUAUGGAUUAUUUAUUUGAUAUUAAAUUUGCAUAUCUACUGAUAAUACAUUUUACAAUAUGGAUAACAUUGGAUUACGCAUUGUUGUGUUUGGUACAAAAUUCAAAGCUUCCAUUCUCAUUUCCAACAUUCUUACUAGCCUGGAUAACUCGUGAAUUAUUAGUUUAUGUUGUAUUUAUCAAGGCAUUAUCAAAUCCAUGGUGUAUAAAAUGGGGUGAUCAUUAUUAUCGUGUACACUUUGGUGGAUUAACUCAACGUUUACCGAGUAGUAGUAGUAAUUCCACUGCCUUGUCAUCACCAUCAUCAUCAUCUUACACGAAAACUACUCCAUCACUAGAUAAUGCAUGCUUUAAAUAUUAUGCAUCGUUAAAAAAUAUAAAAAAACUCUUUAAAAAUCGAUUACCAUUAGACAUGAAUGAUAAACAUGCAACACAGAGCUUGUUGAAUUCAUUUUAUUCUGAGUUUCAAGAAGAAAACAAGAUAACUAGUGGAGAAGGAGAAGAACAAGUAGUAUUGCAUAACUUACACAAUUCUCAUCAAUCUGUACAACAGUCGACUUCAGUAAUAAUUAAUUCAAGGGGAUAUACACCGUCAAGUCAGAUGGCGGGUACACAAUAUGUAAAUAACAAUACUAACAAUAAUAAUAAUAGUAAUAAUAAUUAUAGUGUUAGUAUUAGUCCAAGGAAUAUUAUCGCUAAUAUUAAUAGAAUAAAUAAAGAGGAAAAUAAUUUUGAUAAUAUUAAUAAUUAUUAUACGAUUGACAGUUCAAAAAGUUCAGCGAAUAAGAAAAUUAUUGAGAUGAAUAAUAAUAAUAAACACUUUGGAAAUGAUAUACAUAUGACUACACCUACUCAUAAUAAAAAUAAUUCUGGUUGUAUUAACGGUUUUGUCAACACCCUGUCUAAUGGUUUUUGA